UGCAUUAGGAGGAUGGGUUACAUUAUCGUUUUCCAUUGACUACAUUAACGCAGACGUUUAUAUGUCUAAAUUAGUAUGUUAUCAGUCAAAAUAGCGGUGUAUACAUGUAAAUAUUUAGACACAAACGAUAUUUUGAGUUAAUUUCUCGCCAUUCUGUUUAACUAGCGGCGCUGACUCGAUGAUUCGGCGCGUGAUUUGUUUGGUCUGGGUAAAACGCGGCUUGUUUGACAGAUGGGAAGUGGCUCAACAUGAACGAGUUUCACUUAUUUACUUCUAAAUCCAAGACCAAACUGUACCAAUUUCAGAAACUUGUUUGACUUUUACCGGAAUAAUGGCGUCUGUAAUGGAGGAUCCCACGCUUGAGAGACAUUUUAAAGGUCACAAAGAUGUUGUUUCCUGUGCCGACUUCAGCCCCAACAAUAAACAGCUUGCUACUGGAUCCUGUGACAAGAACCUUAUGAUCUGGAACCUCACUCCUAAAGCCAGAGCAUUCAGGUUUGUGGGUCACACAGAUAUCAUUACAGGUGUCCAUUUUUCUCCAAGUGGUUCCUUGGUGGCAUCUUCAUCCAGAGAUCAAACAGUUCGACUGUGGACGCCCAGCAUAAAGGGCGAGUCGACUGUGUUCAAAGCCCAUACAGCGAGCGUUCGAAGCGUUCAGUUCUCCAGCGAUGGCCAAAGGCUGGUCACGGGUUCAGAUGACAAGUCUGUGAAAGUGUGGGGUGUCGAACGGAAGAAAUUCCUCUAUUCUCUCAAUGGACACACCAACUGGGUGCGCUGUGCGAGGUUUUCACCAGAUGGUCGUCUUGUUGCUUCUUGUGGUGAUGAUAGGACGGUUCGCCUCUGGGAUACAUCCUCACGUCAGUGCAUCAACAUCUUCACAGACUACGGAGGGUCAGCAACAUUUGUGGACUUCAAUUCCAGUGGCACGUGCAUUGCAUCCUCAGGAGCGGAUAACACAUUAAAAAUCUGGGAUAUUCGUACAAACAAGUUAAUACAACAUUACAGAGUUCAUAGUGCAGGGGUCAACUGCUUUUCCUUUCAUCCAUCUGGAAACUAUCUGAUCAGUGGUUCAAGUGACAGUACAAUGAAGAUCUUAGACCUCCUGGAGGGGAGGCUCAUUUACACGCUUCACGGCCACAAGGGUCCAGUGCUGGCUGUGGUGUUUUCUCGAGACGGAGGUCUGUUUGCUUCAGGAGGGGCUGAUUCUCAGGUUCUGAUGUGGAAGACCAACUUCGAUUCGCUGAAUUACAGAGAUCUGUUGAGCAGGCACAGCAAACGAGUCACUCCAGAUCCCCUUCCACACCUGAUGGACAUUUACCCUCGAUCACCUCACCGACACAAUGCUCAGAAUGGUACAAUAGAGAUUAAUCCCAUUGUUGCUGAUACUCAGUCUGGUGACCCUCAGGUGGUUGAAGUGGGACGUGUUCUUUUCUCCACAGCGGUAACAGGGACACUUCAAAAGCAAAUGGUGAGCUGCUGUCCUGCAUUUCACUCACUGUGCUGUCCAUCUACACCAUCUCUUCCAUUCAGAUAUUAUUUACAGCAGAACUGUGGUGAAGAGAUGAGGGGAAGUCUUUGGGUUGAACUGGGCCAUGGGGGCUUUGACGGGAACUUUGAAAGGAGGCAAGGCCCAGCUAAGGUGCACUUAACCAUAAAGCUCCACAUUCCUCACAGGGCCUCCUCGUGCGAGAGCAGUGACUACGCCAACCGCAUUAUUCACACCACUGUUGGAAAACAUCUGCGUCUCCUCAUGCCGGUCUUCUUUCCCAUCAUUCUCUUGACCCGCAUUGAUCCCCUCGAGGCAGCAGUGGGUCAGGAAGCUCUUUUCAGUAAUCUGCCGCCUCUGGCACCGGCUCAAAUGAGAGGAAGCGCAGGAGAGCCUUGA